AUGACACAAAAUGUGAUCGAACCGUGGAAACAAAGGACCCAAGAUGAAUAUAGAGAGAUCAAACUAAUCGGUCAAGGCGCGUACGGAGCCGUUUAUCAAGUCGAACACCGAGCAACCGGGCAAACGUUUGCGCUGAAGAAAGUGGUGAUUCGUGUCUCCGAUGAGGGAGUGCCGCAAAGUAUGCUUCGAGAAAUCUCAACCCUCGUCAAGUUCAAACGAUUCAAACAUCGAAAUCUCACAGAAUUGAUCGACGUUUUCGCCACGCAAAACAAGGAUCACGAGCUGCACAUUGGGAUGAUUUUGGAGAAAUGCGACUGGGAUCUCUACGAUUUUAUGCGAACAAUUCCAAGGGAUAUGCCUGAGACACAAAUAAGGACAUUGGCAAGACAAAUAAUCAACGGAAUCUCAUUCUUGCAUUCGCACAACAUCAUCCAUCGGGAUCUAAAGCCGCAAAAUAUUCUCAUCAAUCGGAAUUUGUCCGUGAAGUUGGCUGACUUUGGAUUGGCUCGACUUGCGUCAGCGUGCGCUCAAUUCACAACUGUGGUUGUCACUUUGUGGUAUCGAAGCCCGGAAGUUUUGCUGCAAACGACAUACGGAAGCUCGGUGGAUGUGUGGGCAUUUGGGUGUAUUCUCAGCGAGAUGUACAAUCGACAAACCCUUUUCCCGGGAAGAACCGAGGCCGAUCAGUUGAAGAUCAUCGUCAACAAAAUGGGUAAACCAUCCGAAUCGGAUUGGCCAUCCGACGCAAUAAUCCCUCUGUCAUUCUACGAGUGGACACCGCGCCAAUCACUCUAUCAACUCAAUCCAAAGCUUUCACAAGCUGCUUGUCGCUUCAUUGAGAAGUGUAUCCGAUGGAAUGGUGACAUGAGAUGCACAGCGUUGGAGGCGCUCAAUGACAGCUUUUUCGACGGUCCAUACUCACAAGGAUACGAGAAUCUCUUCGAUGAACCACUACCAAAUGCUCAUCAACAA